UUGGAUGAUUUGGAUUUAAAAGUGAAGGAGAUUAAAAAAGUUCAUGCAGCCCUUCUGUCCACACCACAUAAUGAUCAAAAGCAAAGAAAUCAGUUAGAUGAGCAUAUGAACAACAUCCGACUUCUUUCAAAGACAAUUAGGAAAGAACUCAAAGAUAUAGAAUCAGAGAUUUUAUUGGAUAAGGCGAAUAAUAGAGAGAAAGAGGAGAAAGGUGAGAGGGCCGAUCUUAGGAUUAAAAAGUUGCAGCAUUCCUCCUUAAUGAAGCGAUUCAAAGAUAGCAUGUUGGAGUACAAUGACUGCCAGCUACAAUACAGAGAGCAGUGCAAGAAGAGGAUCGUCAGAACCCUGCAAAUCGUGAACAAAGACAUGACAGACGAAGAAAUUGAUAAGAUAAUUGAAAGUGGAAAGAGUCAGAUAUUUGUUGGGGAGUACAACGAGAUGGUUCAAAAAGCCAAGUUAGAUUUACAAGAGUUAGAUGAUAGGCAGAAAGAGUUGGAUAAGUUGGAGAAGAGCAUCAUGGAGUUGAGGGAUCUGUUCGUUGAACUGGCCAUGUUGGUGGAGCAACAGGGUGAAAUGGUGGAUAACAUAGAAACAGUAAUUCAGCAGUCAGCUGAUUACGUUGAGAAGGCUGUCAAGCAUACCGAGGAGGCGAGGAAACAUCAGAUCAAAGCUAGGAAAAAGAAGAUGUUGAUAGUCGGUUGCGUGGUGGUUGCGUUGAUGGUCAUCGUCCUCAUCAUAGUACUGUCCGUCGUCGUGUGA